AUGGGACCAGCGAAACGCUUGAAGGAAGCUCUCGAUGGAAAAGAUGCCCGAUUGAGACCUUCGUCGCUCACUUCCGCGCGCUGCAUUUCUCCGACCCGACCUGGUGGUGUUUCCGUAGACGAACGUACGCAGCGAAAGCUCGAGCUAAUCAGAGCUGUAUGCCGAUAUCUCGGUUCAGAACUGCGUCUCGACCUGCCUGGCAAUUUCUAUCGUGAAUGGUCGGGCAAGCCUAGCCAGUCUCUCAUCUACCUCUACGUCAGCUAUAAGGAUCGAAUUCAACCGCCUGACGAAUUCGUUGAAGAUGCAGCCCCUGGCAGGCCAUAUCGCGGAUUCGGGCCUUCAGAAACAGCUGCUCAUGCCGCGGAGCAGUACUGGAGAGCUAGGAAGUUCGAUACUCUCCUUUAUCGCACAGUUGCUAGUCGAUCUGCAAAAAUUUCCUACCGUCUUCUCCGAUACGAGGACUCUGCGAUCGUCUUUGUUGUCGCUCACGAGGCCCUACAUGUCCACCUGCGCAAGUCGGGUAUCAAAAUCCCGUACGACUACGAAGAGGCUCUAGCCGACUGGGUUGGGUUGCAAGUUGUGUUGGGCUUUUCCAAAUGCAGAAACGAGCUCCGUGAGGCUGUCACUCUCGACGCCGAUGAGGCUGUGAGAUUCGUCGACCGUAUGGAAAAGUUUCACUCGCUGAUAUGCGAAGUUCUACAGGGAGAAGCUGCCUCAUUAGCCAGGAUCCAAGAUGCCUGGGACCGAGCCAUCGCUGCGGAACACACAAUCUCGGCCAAGGUGUAUCGUUUCGGUUUCUCUGUCUUCAACAAAGCGUUUUUGCUCCGGUACAGUGCUUACUGCGCGAAGUACUUCCAUUUGAAAUCAGUUUUGUGUGAAUCUGGUGGUGAAUUUAAUCCCGCUUUUGGGAAUCUGCACCGUUGGCUAGAGAAGAUUGCAGACAACAUAGAAUCGCUGGGCUAG